AUGGCUAGCUCGAUUAUUAUAGCUGGUUUAGGCAUGGCAGCGAUUGGUUUCGCUGGUCGCUACAUUCUAAAACAACUACCUAAUGCCUCUAUGAAAUUCGCGGAAGCUGUAAAAAACUUGCCAAAAUUCGAUGCCGAAAGUUUAGCUAAUUCAAAAUAUUAUAAGGGUGGAUUUGAACCUAAGAUGACUAAACGAGAAGCAGCACUUAUAUUGGGCAUCAGUCCUACAGCUAGUAAAGCGAAGCAGAUAAGGGAUGCUCACAGGCGAGUAAUGUUAUUAAAUCAUCCGGACCGUGGGGGUUCGCCAUUAAUUGCUGCUAAAAUCAAUGAGGCAAAGGAUGUUUUGGAGAGUGGUAAAUCAUAA